UCCAGGGUACUGGUUAGUUCAUAAUGUUGUUCCACCUAUAGAGUUGCAGAUCCCUUUAGCUCCUUGGGUACUUUCUCUAGCUCCCCCAUUGGGGGCCCUGUGAUCCAUCCAAUAGCUGACUGUGAGCAUCCACUUCUGUGUUUGCUAGGCCCCGGCAUAGUCUCACAAGAGACAGCUAUAUCUGGGUCCUUUCAGCAAAAUCUUGCUAGUGUAUGCAAUGGUGACAGCGUUUGGAAGCUGAUUGUGGGAUGGAUCCCUGGAUAUGGCAGUCUCUACAUGGUCCAUCCUUUUGUCACAGCUCCAAACUUUGUCUUUGUGACUCCUUCCAUGGGUGUUUUGUUCCCAAUUCUAAGAAGGGGCAAAGUGUCCACACUUUGGUCUUCGUUCUUCUUGAGUUUCAUGCAUUUAGCAAAUUGUAUCUUGUAUCUUGGGUAUCCUAAGUUUCUGGGCUAAUAUCCACUUAUCAGUGAGUACAUAUUGUGUGAGUUCCUUUGUGAUUGGGUUACCUCACUCAGGAUGAUGCCCUCCAGGUCCAUCCAUUUGCCUAGGAAUUUCAUAAAUUCAUUCUUUUUAAUAGCUGAGUAGUACUCCAUUGUGUAAAUGUACCACAUUUUCUGUAUUCAUUCCUCUGUUGAGGGGCAUCUGGGUUCUUUCCAGCUUCUGGCUAUUAUAAAUAAGGCUAUGAACAUAGUGGAGCAUAUGUCCUUCUUACUGGUUGGGACAUCUUCUGGAUAUAUGCCCAGGAGAGGUAUUGCAGGAUCCUCCGGUAGUCCAAAGUGAUUUCUGUAAUGGUUGUACUCAUUUCUACUCCAGCCAUACAGAUUCCUCUCUCCCCAUAUCUCCAAUACUUGUCUAAUUUAUUGAUGAUAGCCAUUCUGACUAGGGUGAGGUGUUUAGUUUUGAUUUGCAUGUCCCUGAUAGUUAGAGAAACUGAAUACUUUUAAAAAUAGUUAUUGUCCAUUUUGUGUUUCCAUUUUUAAAAAAAAUAUAUGUUAAUUUUAGUUGCCCAUUUGUUGAUUGACAAUUUUAUGUCUUUAGUAUUCAUUUUCUGUAGUUCUUUGUAUAUUCUAUUCUGGUUAUUAGUCCCUUGUCUGUAAUAUUGAUGGUGAGGAUUUUCUUCCACUUUGUGGUCUGUCUGUUUUCUCUGAUAAUAGUUUCCUUUGAUGUGCAGAAACUUUUUAAUUUUUGUGUAGUCUGUUGAUACUUUGUGUUAGUUCCUGUCUUGCUAAUGUUCUGUUCAGAAACUUGUUGUCUACCCCAAUGUCUCAAAGAGUAUUCCCUAUGUUUUCUUCUAGAAGUUUUAAUUUUGAGUUAAUUUUUGUACAAUGUAAAAGAUAUAGAUCAAAAUUUAUUCUUCUGCAGUCGAACACCUGGUUUUGCCAACACCAUUUGCCAAAUGGGUUGUUAUUUCCACAGCAUAUAUUUUUGCUCCAAUUGUCAAAAAUUAAGUAGGCAUAGCUUCUUUGUUGGUUUGUUUCUGGGAUCUCUGUUCCAUUCCAUUAGGUUUCUUGCCUCUGUUUAUGUCGAUACCAGUCUGUGCUUAUUACUAUUGCUUUAUAGUAUAGAAUAUAAGAGUUGGAAUAUUGUGUUAGCACUCUUUAGAAUUGUUUUGGAUAUUCAUUCUCAUUGUAAUUCCAUAUGAAUGCUUAUAUUGGUUUUCCCAAAUCGGUGAAAUAUGACAUUAAAAUUUUGCUAGCCAUAGCAUCAAACCUGUAAAUUAUUUUUUAUGGUGUAGUUGUUUUUGCUAUAUUUAUCCUGCCAGUCCAGGGGGUGUUGGAAGGUUUUACUAUUGCUUACUAUUUCCUAUGAUUUCCUUUUUCAGUGCCUUGGAGUCUUCAUUGUAGAGACAUUUUUCUUUUUUGGUUAGAUGUAUUCCCAAAUACUUAUUCUAGGGGGGAGGGGUUAUUUUGAAAGGAUAAUUUUCCAAAAAUUUUUCCUCAAGAGCACAUUGUUGAUGUAACUUAAGGCUGUUGUUUUCUCAUAUUGAUUUUGUAGAUUGUAACUUUACCGUACUUAUUAGUGUUAAAGGGUUUUCUUGUAGCCUCUGCAGACUAUUUUAAGUAAAGAAUCAUGUCACCUCCAAACAGGGACAGUUUGACAUCUUCCUUUUCUGGUUUUUUUUUUUUAUUCUUUUGUGUUUUUCUCUUGUGUAGUUGCUAUAGCCAAGACUUCAAGCACUAUAUUAAAUGAAGGGGAAGGUGAGCAUCCCUCCUUGUCACUGAUGCUAGAGGAAACACUCUCAGUUUGUUUCCAUUCAUAUAAUGUUGGCUACAGUUUUGUUGUAUAUUGUCUUUAUUAUUUUAAGGCAGUUUCCAUCUAUUCCUAAAGUGUCCAGACUAGAACUUUAAUCAAGAAAUCAUCUUGAACUUUGCUCAGUGCAUUUCAGUAUUGCUUAGAAUGAUUAUGUAGUUUCUGUCCUUAAGUCUAUUUAUACAGUGUCUUGCACUUAUUGAGAAUUGUGUAUAUUGAACCAAUCUUGCAUCUGAGAUGGUUUCCACUUGGUUAUAAUGUAUAAUCUUCUUAAUGUGUUCUGUAAUUCAUCUUGCAAAUAUUUUGCCCAGAAUUUUUGCUCUUACACCCAUCAAAUAAAUUAGUCUGUAGUUUGCUUUUUAUAGGUGUCUUUACACAGUUUUUGUACCAGGAUAAUAUCAACUUCAUAGAAUGAAUUUGGCAAUGGACCUUCACUUUCUACAUCAUGGAACAAGUUCUUCAGGGUGGCUUUCCUGAGUCACAAACAGCUGGGCAGGGAAGGGAGCUCAGCAGGCUCAGCCCUGAAAGGUGCAGCACACAAAAUUGAGAGUACAACUUGGAGAGAGACUUGUUUAAAGAAAACAGCAAUGGACCUGAUCCCAAACUUUUCCAUGGAAACCUGGAUGCUCCUGGCUACCAGCCUGGUCCUUCUCUACUUAUAUGGAACUCAUUCACAUGGAAUUUUUAAAAAGUUGGGAAUUCCUGGGCCAAAACCUCUGCCUUUCUUGGGGACGAUUCUUGCUUACCAGAAGGGCUUCUGGGAAUGUGACAUACAAUGUCAUAAAAAAUAUGGGAAAAUGUGGGGGUUGUAUGACGGUCGACAGCCUGUGCUGGCUAUCACAGAUCCAGACAUAAUCAAAACAGUGCUGGUGAAGGAAUGUUACUCUACCUUCACAAACCGGCGGCGCUUUGGUCCAGUGGGUAUUUUGAAAAAGGCCAUCUCUAUCUCUGAGAAUGAAGAAUGGAAGAGAAUCCGAGCCCUGCUGUCUCCAACCUUCACCAGUGGGAGGCUCAAGGAGAUGUUCCCCAUCAUUAACCAGUUUACAGAUGUGUUGGUGAGAAACAUGAGGCAGGGAUUAGGAGAAGGAAAGCCCACCAGCAUGAAAGACAUCUUUGGGGCCUACAGCAUGGAUGUGAUCACAGCCACCUCAUUUGGAGUGAAUAUUGAUUCCCUCAACAACCCACAGGAUCCUUUUGUGGAGAAAAUCAAGAAGCUCUUAAAAUUUGAUAUCUUUGAUCCACUGUUCCUCUCAGUGACACUCUUUCCAUUCCUUACCCCAGUAUUUGAUGCACUAAAUGUCUCCUUGUUUCCAAGAGAUGUCAUAAGCUUUUUUACAACUUCAGUAGAACGAAUGAAAGAGAAUCGCAUGAAAGAGAAAGAAAAGCAAAGAGUGGAUUUUCUUCAGCUGAUGAUAAACUCCCAGAAUUACAAAACCAAAGAAUCUCAUAAAGCAUUAUCUGAUGUGGAGAUUGUGGCUCAGUCAGUUAUCUUUAUUUUUGCUGGCUAUGAGACCACAAGCAGUGCUCUUUCCUUUGCAUUGUAUUUGCUGGCCAUUCACCCUGAUGUACAGAAGAAACUUCAGGAUGAAAUUGAUGCGGCUCUGCCCAAUAAGGCACCUGCCACCUAUGAUACCCUGCUACAGAUGGAGUAUCUAGACAUGGUGGUGAAUGAAACUCUCAGAUUAUAUCCAAUCGCUGGAAGACUUGAGAGGGUCUGUAAGACAGAUGUUGAAAUCAAUGGGCUAUUCAUUCCCAAAGGGACUGUGGUGAUGAUACCAACCUUUGCUCUUCACAAAGACCCGAAGUACUGGCCAGAGCCUGAGGAAUUCCGCCCUGAAAGGUUCAGCAAGAAGAAUCAGGACAGCAUCAAUCCUUACAUGUACCUGCCCUUUGGGAGUGGACCAAGGAACUGCAUUGGCAUGAGGUUUGCUCUCAUAAACAUGAAAGUUGCUCUUGUCAGAGUCCUGCAGAACUUCACUGUCCAGCCUUGUAAGGAAACUGAGAUCCCUUUAAAAUUAAGCAAACAAGGACUUCUUCAACCAGAAAACCCACUCCUUCUAAAAGUUGUGUCCAGAGAUGAGACUGUAAGUGAUGAAUGAAUAAUGGUCUGUUAUGAUGUUGUAUCCUGUGGACCAGAAACCAAUUCAUAUUGUGAAUGAAUCCAGAGAUAAAGAUUGCAAUAAUUUCGUGCACUCCUGAAGGAUUCCGGGUGUUCUUUGAACUUGCUCAGUCUCUGUGAAAGUUAUCUUCUGUGGAACAUAAGGGUGUAACGACACAAAUCCAAGAUAAAUAUAUCCAACUCCCUGGUUCUUGUGGGGCUGCCGAUGUUCACUUCAUUGUUACUACUAAAUACCCAGAUUUCUGAUGAGAAAAUAAACACCAAUUACUAGUUUUAUUUCUGAAAAUAAGCAUUUUUGUACUCAUGCUAAUGACCAAAUUUUUACCAAACCUUUUGAUUUGCAGCACACUACAAUGAUGUACUAAGCUGAGAAGUCAAUAAACAUGGUGAUAUUGACUUUUCCUA